AUUUGCAAAACAGCAUCUAAAUACUAAAUUUAAUCUGUCUGCAUCUGCACAUGAAGGAAAUGAGUUAGGUGCUUCAUUUGUCUUAUACCUUUGUUGAACUUUUCUCUUUUAGCCAUUAUAACUCCCUCACACACACUCACACACUUCAUCUAGCAUCAAAGAUGGAUAACAUCCAACACAGUCAUGUAGAAGUGAAGGGACUGAAGCUCCAUGUAGCUGAGAUUGGAACUGGUGAAAAAGCAGUGGUUUUCAUACAUGGAUUCCCAGAAAUAUGGUAUACAUGGCGAUACCAAAUGAUUGCUGUUGCAAAUGCUGGAUACCGUGCUAUAGCCUUUGAUUCUAGAGGCUAUGGACUCUCUGAUCAUCCAGCAGAACCAGAAAAAUCAACCAUAAUGGACCUUGUUGAUGAAGUCAAGGAUCUCUUAGAUACAUUAGGUAUCAACAAGGCUUUCCUUAUUGGUAAGGACUCUGGUGCCAUUGUAGCAAAUCUUGUACCUGCUGUCUAUCCAGAAAAAGUGGCUUCUCUCAUAACUUUAGGCAUUCCUUUCAUGAAUCCUGGUCCUUCUGCAAUCCAGAACCAUCUUCUCCCAAAAGGUUUCUACAUUACUAGGUGGCAGGAGCCUGGGAGAGCAGAAGCAGAUUUCGGCCGCUUUGAUGUCAAAUCAGUUAUAAGGAACAUCUAUAUACUCUUUUCUAAAACUGAGGUGCCAGUAGCAAGUGAUGAUCAAGAAAUAAUGGACUUGUUUAACCCAUCUACUCCCCUCCCACCAUGGUUCUCUGAGGAAGACUUAACAGCUUAUGCAUCACUGUAUGAAAAAUCUGGCUUCAGAUUUGCAUUGCAGGUUCCAUACAGGUCUCUCACAGUGGAAAGUGGCCUAAUUGAUCCUAAAGUAAAUGUUCCUGCACUGCUGAUAAUGGGUGAGAAAGACUACUGUUUCAACUUUCCCGGCAUGGAAGACUACAUCCGAAGUGGGGUGGUGAAAAAUUUUGUGCCAGACUUAGAAAUCAUUUAUAUUCCAGAAGGAAGUCAUUUUGUGCACGAACAAUUCCCAGAUGAAGUGAACAAGCUCAUCAUUGACUUCCUUGACAAACAAAGUAUCUGAUUGUGAUUGUGGUUGUAGAGGCUAAUUAAGAGUCCCAUGCUUAAUGUUGUGUGCUGGUGUGGUGUGAGUGUGUGAUUUCUAUUCUAUGCAUUGUACCUCCCAUUCCAAUAAGUAAUUUCAGCAACAACUCUGUAGGAUUUUAUUCUACAAUCAUAAAUAAAAUUUCCCCGAUAUUUUU